AUGCCUCGCGAAAAGAAGAAAAGAGGUCGCCGGGCAGAAAAAAGUCAGUCGAAGCGAAAAUGGGAGGAUGAUGAAGUGCCUACUUCGCCAAAACGUCAGCGAACCGCGGACGAAGACAACGAAGCUCAAGCUGGAGACGACUAUAUUCCCCUCGAUACCCGCGAUACUGAAAAGGAGCAAGAGCAAGGACAAGAAGAUGAUACUCCCUUCUAUGGGCUUCUUGACGCUGAGGAGCAGGAAUAUUUCUCAAAAGCGAGUCAGACCCUGGAACUCAACUCUUUUGAGGAUGAUGAUGAUAAACGGCUGUUCAUUGAAAGUGUUUACGCGGAAGCUAGAGGGAAGGAAUUAAAGAUUGCUUGCAGGCAGGUGAAGACCUUAUUUGAGAAAUUUACGGGCCAUUUCCUACACCUUGUUCAACAUCGCUUCGCGAGCCACUGUUGCGAAUGUCUGUUCAUACGUGCGGCGCCGAUUGUAACGUCCGAGAUGGAAAAACCUAAGGAUAGAAAAAAAGAAAGAAAGCAAACUAUAGAAAAUAAUGGAGAGGAAGGAGGACAAGAUGAACCCUUGAAUCAGAGAUCUGCGAUGGAAUUGUUCCUAGGUGUCAUCUCGGAAUUGGAAGGGAAUUGGGGAUAUCUCCUCACCGAAUCGUUUGCGUCCCACACGAUAAGAGUCUUACUGCUGAUAUUGGCCGGUGAGCCACUUGCAGGUCAAUCAAAUGCGAGGGUUCUUGCCAGCCGGAAAAAAGAAAAUGUGGACUCUAUAACGCCAACUUCUCAGUCGGAGCUAACCAUCCAGGGAAGCAGACAAGUUCCUGUGGAAUUCAACAACACCUUAAGAAGGAUGAUAUCAGAUCUAAGUGCUGGUCUGAAUUCUACUUAUCUCCAGGCACUUGCCACCCAUCCUAUCGGAAGCCCUGUUCUGCAAGUCAUUCUGUCAAUUGAGCUUGGGUGCAUGGGUACAGAAAAACUCAAGGACAAAAAUUCUGUUUUCCGUAGGCUUAUACCAGACGAUACCCUUGAAACCAAGGAGGAGGGCGUGAAUUUUCUAAACAGUUUAUUCUAUGAUCCAGUUGGUUCUCGAUUACUAGAAACGAUUGUCCGGGUCGCUCCCGGGAAAUUCUUCAAAACAUUCUACAAGAAUAUCAUUCGCGAAAGGAUUGGUUCCUUGGCGCGAAAUGAGAUAGCUUCCUAUGUUGUUAUCAAAGUGCUGGAGAGGGUGAGUAGGGAAGAUCUCGAAUCAGCAAUUGAAAGCAUACUUCCUGAAAUACCUUCACUAGUCCAGCGGUCAAGGCUUAAUGUUAUCAAAACAAUAAUAGACCGCUCGAUAAUUCGAAGUGCUGAUACAGCUUCAUUGGCCAAAGCACUGGAAUCAGCGUAUGGUGAGGACGGCCUUGCUCGCCUUAAGGCGAUUCUAGGGGUUGAGACAAAAGACAAGGAUGCUGAAGAUCUUGCAAAAGUGAAACCAAAGGCUGGAACUUCCCCUCAACAUAUCCAUGGAUCACUUUUGGCACAAUCCAUGUUACAAGCAUCUGGCACCCUUGCCGCAAUGAUACAGUCCAGUUUUCUUACCGCACCAACAGAGACUCUAAUACAGAUUGCGAAUAAUCCCACAGCAUCUCGUGCGCUUCAAGAGGCUCUUAAACCCUCCAAAUUGAAUACCCAGUUUCGUCGACAAUUUUUACCCCGGUUUUACGGACAGAUGUGCGACUUGUCCCUGGAUAGCAGUGGCUCUCAUGUCGCUGACGCUCUCUGGGACGCUACCUCCGACUUGAUAUUUAUCAAACAAAGGCUGGCACAAGAACUGGCGGAUAACGAACCUGCCCUUCGCGAUUCGUUCUUGGGACGAGCAGUGUGGAGGAAUUGGUCGAUGGAUUUGUACAAGAGAAAACGGGGAGAAUGGAUGUCGAAGGCGAAGGGGCUCGACAACACCAAAGUCUCACCUUCAACUGCCGAUUCGAGCGCCGGGCCGGCUAAGAGCAAGUUGGAUCUCGCCAGGGCGCGAUAUGCGGCAAGAGCCGAACAACAGGAGAAGCCAGAUGGCAAGGAUCAAGGCUCCCGCGGCAAGAAGCAGGCUCUGUCGGCGCCGAGCGGCCUUCUGAAAGCGCAGUAA